UUACGCGACGUUGCCAGACCUCCAACAACAACGCGUUCCGCAAAAACUGCAAUAAACAAUAACAAUGCUCUUCUAUUCGUUCUUCAAGUCGCUAGUGGGCAAAGAAGUAGUCGUCGAACUCAAGAACGACCUCAGUAUAUGUGGCACCCUGCACUCGGUGGACCAAUAUCUGAACAUCAAGCUGACGGACAUCAGCGUUACAGAUCCGGAUAAAUACCCCCAUAUGCUGAGCGUUAAGAAUUGCUUUAUCCGGGGCUCCGUAGUACGCUACGUGCAACUUCCGGGCGACGAGGUGGACACUCAGUUGCUCCAGGAUGCGGCUCGAAAAGAGGCUGUUGUAACCACGAGAUAGAAAUCCCAGGAAUCCCAGCACCUGCCCAGGAUCAGCCCUUAAAUAGUUUCCAAAUAUCUGCCCUACAAUUAAGUGAAAUUCUGUUAAAGCAAAACCAAUAAGAGGAUUCCCCGUAAGAA